UCCCUGUAGACAUCGCAAAAAUCAAAUCUUUAAGGUUUCCAAGCCAGAUAGAUAUAUCUUCAUCUCAUCUCACCUCUGUCUGUCUGUCACACCGAGGAAGAAGACCCACGGCGAUUGAUGAUGCCGCGGCGGCGGGUGAUGGCAUCUCGCUUCCGUGCCCUCUUAUCCCUGACCCUUCUCUAGAGGAAAUCAAGAGGAGAAGGAGAGGUGGAGGGAGAAGAAGAGUUUCCUCUCCCCCAAGUGGAGACCUCGAAGGAGUGCAAGGCUGACUGGCUGGCUGGCUGGUGGAUUUCUUCCCUUCUCGCUCCGGUGCGGCGGCGGCGGCCAUGGCCAAGCAGCAGCGGGUCUACCAAGUCUGGAGAGGCAACAACAUAAUCUGGUGUCAUGGAAGGUUGAUCUUUGGACCAGAUGCCAAGGCCACUCUACUAUCUUUUGCGCUAAUCGCAAGCCCUGUUGUUGUCUUCUGCAUCUUUGUGGCCAGACAUCUCGUACACUUCUUUCCUGCAUAUAAUGCAGGAUAUGCAAUUCCAGUUGUUACCAUUGUCCUCACAGUUCAUGUACUGUUACUGCUCUUCUUUACCUCAUCUCAAGAUCCAGGUAUUGUACCACGGAAUUCACAUCCACCUGUGGAGGAGUUUUCUCAUGAUGCUUCAGCCCCUCAUACUCUUCAGUUCCCUCGCAUAAAAGAGGUUAUGGUCAAUGGUAUCCCUGUGAGAGUAAAAUAUUGUGAAACUUGCAUGAUAUACCGGCCUCCUCGUUGCUCCCACUGCUCCAAAUGUGAUAAUUGUGUCGAGCGGUUUGAUCACCACUGCCCUUGGGUUGGUCAAUGUAUUGGACAGCGCAAUUACCGUUACUUCUUCUGGUUUGUUUCUUCAGCAGCAGUCCUGUGUUUCUAUGUAUUUUCAAUGUGCGCAUUGUACAUCAGUCUUAUCAUGAAGAGAGGCCAUCAUUCAGUAGUAGAGGCAAUCAAAGAAUCUCCAGCAUCAGUGGCAGUCAUGGCAUAUUGUUUCAUUUGUUUUUGGUUCGUCGGUGGUCUCACCGGGUUCCACUCUUACCUCAUUGCGACAAAUAAGACAACGUAUGAGAAUCUCAAGUACAAGUACAACAACCAACCCAACGCGUUCGACCGUGGUUGCAUGCACAAUUGUUUUGAGGUCCUCUGCACGAAAAGAAAGCCUUCCCGGAUCAACCUGCGAGGCAUUGUUCAAGAGGAACAUGGGGCAACACUGCCACGGAUCAGCCGUUCCAGUGUACCGGAAGAUGAGACACCCCACCGUCCACGAGCCAAGGUCGAGGAUGAUCUUGAGAUGGGUCUUGACAUCCUGAAGACCUCUCGGCGCCGGUCAGAUGAACUGAGCGAUGGAGAAUUGGGAGCUGAAAGCAAUGGUGUGAAAUAUCGCAGAGGUGAUUGCACGCCUGAUUCAGACACUGAGAUCCCUGUUAUCAGAAGCACGGCCGAGAGCUCCAAUGAAGUUAGGGAUCUGGACAUCCUUUCGGUUGGCAAUGCUGCACGCCCCUCGUCUUCUGGGCAGAAGCAUCGCCCUGAUGAACUUUGUUGAUAGUAUUUGAAUGUGCCGAUACAAGGAAAAUUUGUUUCCGUGGAUGUCCAUAUUGCAUACACCAACAAGUUCAUCAGGUGAGGGCUAUGGAGGCUGAAAUUUGGAUGGCAUUCGUCGAAUGUUCUCGGUUGCCUUCUCUUUCUAGGAUUUAAGUAGAGUUGAUUGGUCAGUGACAUAGGUUGUUUCUGUAAACAUUUUAUGAAGGUUUCAAAAUUGGAAGAUUCCAUGAACAGUGUCUUAAGAUAGUUGAUUAUUAACUGUACAUAAUUUGCAUAGCUGUAGACCAUUGGACUGUA